AUGAGCGACAGCAACCCCGCCGCCGCCUCAAGCAAGCGACCCUGUGACCCGUCCCUCGACGACCCCACCGCGUCGGCCAAGCUCCAGCGGUCCUCCGAGCCGUCAGACCCAACGCCGGCGGGGCGACGGGAGAGGAGAGCGAGGCGCGGUGGAGUACAUUGGCACCCGCUUCGCCGGCUCCCAGCAGCAGCCCAACCAGCGCACCGUCAUCGGCGUCCUCGAGGUAAGGCGCUUGCUAUUGCUAGUCUGAGAUGUGUUCAUGCUUUAUCAAAUGUUUGUCAUGUUGAUGUGGAGCGGAUAAGUAAAAGGAAGCCUGGCGAAGUUUUAACACCUCAUGAGCCUGGAGUUGUAAAACGUGCUGUGAACCACUUUCUACUAAAGAAUGAAGGUGACAUAAUGGUGACUGAUGUUCGCUGUGUUGCACCAGAUUUUCAUGCUAGAUACAAAGCUCUAGAGCGCACAUAUCACUAUCGCUUGCUUUCUGGACCUGAGUCAGCAUCUGUCUUCGAAAAAAACUCUGCUUGGCAUAUAUCUGAAGAUUUGGAUAUUCAGGCAAUGAAGAAAGCAUGCAGCAUACUUGUUGGCCAUCAUGAUUUCAGUUCAUUUCGAGCAGCUGGAUGUCAGGCAAACUCUCCGAUGCGAACUCUGGAUGAACUUAGUGUUACAGAAGUAUUCCCUUUCAUGUUUUUUCCUUCAAGUGGAGAAAGAUCAGAGAUGGAAGCAUCAAAUGGCUCUCUUGUUUAUUCAAGGACACCAGACAGAGAAUCUUCUGGGAAAGGAUCUGAUGGCUCCUGUACCAGCAGUGUGAAAUCAGAACUCGAGAAUGGAAAAGACUUUGGGAAGAGAUCAAGGCACCGCUGCUUUGUUGUUACUGCAAGGGCACGGUCUUUUCUUUACCAUCAGGUAAGGUUGAUGGUCGGUCUUCUAAAAUCUGUUGGGACGGGAGAUCUAACAACUGCAGAUGUUGAGAGAAUUCUUGAUGCAAAGACGGUGACUGCUGCACCCCGUAUUGGCACCUGCUUGUGGUUGUCAGCUGUUGGAUACCAAAGACCUGAAUCCAAUUUAUGA